GUAUGAAAACUACCCGUGUGUGGGGCGGGAGUCCUGCAGCAUCAACCUCCCUACAGGGACCUACGGAAGCCUCAUCCAGUCGUGUGGUCGCUAUAGCAACUACUUCCAGGUGGAAUAUGAGUGUGUUCCAGCCACUGUGACAAAAAGACAUCUGCAGCCAUCCCCAAAUGACGGCCCAGCACGGGUACAUCUCCACCCCGAGGUACCCCAACAACUACCACAAGGCCCAGAACUGUAAGACCUCCAUUAAGGUGGCUCCAAACCAGCAGAUCCGGCUCCACAUCAUCGACAUGGAUCUGGAGCCCAAGGGCAAGACAGACUGUGCCGACUGGAUGUACUUCAAUGACAAGUUCCACAGCAUCACCUUGUGUGGUCGUCGUGCCAACGACACGUACAAGUCGUAUAGCUACUUCUUGGACAUUGAGCUGCAAGCUGGGUCUGACAGCAAGAGCAAGGGAUUCUGGUUGUAUUAUGAAGCCUUUCCACCGCUGCCUACUACCACCACCAAAGUUAUCGGAGGGGGAAAGAAAUCUACAACACAACAUGGUAGCUCCACAACGUCCGGACUGCUCCCCAUCCUGACGGACCGGUCCAACAACCCUCCUCCCAUGACACAACAAGCAGCCACGACCACCACACCCAUACCAGUGUACCGCGACUUCGUCACGCAGAGCAACACCAAACCCUCCCUUCCAUUCGCAGCCAUUGCUGGUGGUGUGAUCGGGACCCUGAGCGUCAUCCUCAUCAUCCUCCUCACGCUCCUCGUCAUUAAAUGGUUCAAAGAGCGACGCUACUACCAGGACAAAGAUCAGUUCCUGGAUCACCGAAACCCAGCGUUCCGCAGCAGCGGUGACUUCAACGCAUGCAAGGUGGAGGUUGACUACUACCACUGCUGAUGCUGCUGCUAUGUAUACUGCCACAUAGACUCAACUUGCUCUGUAUUGUGGUAGGCCAAAGUGCGUUAGAUCAAGCUGUCAUAGAUACGCUGUCGCUAUGCCGUCCACACCAUACAGUGUGUCAGUGUGACUGGAAACACACAAUCUGACACUGUCUUCAUCAACAGCUGCGGAGAAAUCUCCAUCAUCAACAUGUCAUAUGCAAGUUAUGAAUGUCACACGUCACCACAAGUGCCUGUGAACACGAGGGGAACGAUUAACCCUUUCAGUGAACUCAAACCUGAGGGGUUAAUGUGAGCAUGAUGGACACAGAAGGAAAUAUGUUAAACAUUUCUACACAUAGUGACAAUAUUGUGCCACAGACUGACAAUGUGCAACUCAUGUGAAACAGACACUGACGUACAACACUGUUGUACUCCCUAUAAGGUUAACGGGCAACAUGUGCAAUCUUAGUGCUAUACAUCAUCAUCAUCAUCAUCAUCAUCAUUGCCAUCAUCAACAUCCUGCCAUGAGAAACAUCAUGGUCUAGUCAGAAUAACAGCUCAUCAGGACAAGCGGAGUUAUGUCCCCUGAUGAAAUGAUGCCAUACUGUCUGUGAUAUAAGGAUCAUUCCCUAUUUUUCUAUACCAUGUGUUGUACAUAUCCAUUGUAUUUAUGAACACUGGCAUGUCGGCCAUAUAACAUUGAAGUGAAGGAUUUGCUCAAACAAGGGCAAUACAACGUCUUAUGAGAGUGUAAAUAAUUAAAACAUAAAUUAUUCUAGCUUACAAUGUAGAUAUUAACUUCUCUCACACUCAUUUCUCCAUGCACUAAUAAACUUGGAUUGUGUCACA